AUGCAACAACCAGGCCGCCUGAGGCUGAGGCCGUGGCUGGAGGAGCAGAUCCAGUCUGGGAGGUAUCCAGGGGUGAGCUGGCUGGACCAGUCAGCGCGAAUCUUCCAGAUCCCGUGGAAACAUGCGGCUCGUCAUGGCUGGAGUAUUGACCGAGAUGCGACACUCUUCAGGAGUUGGGCCAUGCACACGGGACGGUACCGUCCAGGUAAAGACAAGCCAGACCCAAAGACGUGGAAGGCUAAUUUCCGCUGUGCCUUGAAUUCUCUGCCCGACAUCUGUGAGCUGCGGGAGCACAGCAGAAAGAGAGGCAGCAACGCUUAUAGAGUCUACAGGAUGUUACCCAGCACACAAACACACAGACGUCGGAGAGGGCUGCGGCUGCUCAGCAGGCCCAGAGACAGACAGGAGAGUUUAGGUGAUGAUAUGUACCCCGCGCACACUUGGAAUCCCACAGCAACAACACUCCUACCACAGAAGGUGGAGACCCCUGCAGAAGACACAUUUAGCAGCAUUCAAACACAUGGGAUGUGGGAGGCCAAACCAGAAGACCUGGAGCAGAACGAGGCUGUAUUUAAGUUGAUGGACCACUUAAGCAACACUGACCUGUGGAACCAGACUGGGGAACAGAGAGGCUGGAGAACACACACACUGUGGGACCACUGGCACUGUGCUGGUGAUGAGACUCCGUACUCUCUGCACACAGAAAGCUACAGUGAUCUGUUUGGUCCAAACUACAUCAAGGAGCUCUCCGACUGGUCCACACAUCAGCAAACACUGAUGUUGUAG